AUGAAUUUCAUACUUCAGCUGCCGGCCGAAUUGCUACUCCGCAUUCUGUCAUAUAUGCCUUUGCGGACAGACUUGAGCGCUCUAUCACUCACCUGUCAGAGGCUGCGACCUAUUGCACAGGAGGGCCUUUAUAGUUGCGUCACACUAUAUCUGUCGAGAAGUGGUGAGAGUACAAUCAUACCCUUCGCACGAACCCUUAUGGAGCGACCGGAUUUCGCGAGGAGAGUUGCCGGCUUGAAAAUCUACACGGACCAGCGUCAAAUCGUCCACGGCAGAGACUGUUACCGCAUUGCCGCCUGCCAGUGUGGUCUGGAUGAAACCAAAGACCUAGCUAAGGAUUUCCUUGACACCCUUGGCGUCCACAAGAACUCUUGGUGGAUGUGGUGCAUCAGCAGCAGCUUUGAACCCGCCUUUGCCGGCUUACUGUAUUUCCGUAGCAUUGACGAAGACGCGCGGAGUUCGGGCGUGAUGCAUUUCAUGACUGCUCUGGUGUUCGGCACUCCGGCCUCUGAUUUCGACUACACAACCAUUCUCGGAUUGAAGAAGCUGAAAGAAUUGGUGGUGCCUGCUGGAACAAUAGACUGGCCGCUUGCCAUGCUACCGAGCCUGCGAGUAGUCUUCUUCGACUUUCGGACUCUUUCACCGGAUGCCCUUAUAUCCGGAGCAAAAGGAUCCAAUCCUUCUGCUCUUUCAGCCAACGAAGCGCUGACUUCCAACAUCACCUCCUUCACCAUCGAUUGGGAGCUUAGAGCGUUCUCCCAAUUCCUGGAAGUCGAGAUUGACUAUAUAAAUCAGCUCAGUCGCAGGCUGAUCCAUCUCCAGCACAUAUGUGUGCGCAUUCACGCGGGGGUCGUCGACCCCUCCGAGUGGAUGGUCGAUGGUUCCUACGGGCUCCUAAGUGGGUCCUUCGAUUGCUUCGCUUCUACUCUAGAGUCUUUCGUCAUUCUACCUAUCCUUGAUGAGGACGACUGGACCGAAGAGACGACGCGAUUCUUCCGUUCACUUGAACCCCUCCUAACUCUGCAUCGACUCAGAAAGCUUCGACGCAUUGCUGUGCCCCAGCAAGCAUUCCACAAUCCCACCUUGCCCGCUAUCGAUACCGACGGGAUCGCAGCUAUGACAACGACUAGCCCUGUCGAAUUUCUGCCCGAGAAUGUGGAGUCUCUAGAGAUCUUCGAAGCGGAUACCGCGAUACAGGCGUGGCUGGAACUGUUCUACCAGAGUAUUCUAGCAGGGAGUUUCACUAAGCUGCAACACGUGUACAUCUUUGUCGAGGAUGACUGGCCUUGGGACAAACCGUGGUUUAGGAGCAGGCUAUGGGAUGAUAUCAGGGACACGGGGAUUGGGCUAGAGGUCAAGCCUGUGCGCCACUUCCACGAGUAG